AAAUGCGCUGGGCGUACGUAGCAGCGCGCCGCGGAUUCCGCAUUCAGCCGUGGACGGUCUGUGAGCGCGCGUGUACCGGCCGCCAGCGCCACGCGCAACCUACACCAACACUGACGCCAUUGAACCGCCAACAAUAAAUCAUCAUCACUCAAUAUGAUAGGUGACGAGGAACGGGAGCACCAAUGCAAGGAAUGUGGACUGAGGCUCUCGACUCGGAGCGCGUUGACCGCCCACACGCGCUCGCACCGGGUCGCCGCCGACGCUCACCGCUGCGACGUGUGCCACAAGACGUUCGCGGUGCCGGCGCGCCUGGUGCGCCACUACCGCACGCACACCGGCGAGCGGCCCUUCGAGUGCGAGUACUGCCACAAGAUGUUCAGCGUCAAGGAGAACCUGCAGGUGCAUCGGCGCAUCCACACCAAGGAGCGGCCGUACCGCUGCGGCGUCUGCGGCGCCGCCUUCGAGCACUCCGGCAAACUGCACCGGCACGCGCGGAUACACACGGGCGAGCGGCCGCACGCCUGCCCGCACUGCCACAAGACGUUCAUCCAGUCUGGGCAGCUGGUCAUCCAUCUCCGGACGCACACGGGCGAAAAACCCUAUCGCUGCCCCGCGCCCGGCUGCGGCAAGGGCUUCACUUGCUCGAAGCAAUUGAAAGUGCACUCGCGCACGCACACCGGCGAACGCCCCUAUACCUGCGAAAUAUGCCUCCGAGAUUUUGGUUACAACCACGUUCUAAAACUGCAUCGCUUCCAACAUUUUGGCGAACGCUGUUAUCGUUGCACGGUGUGCGACGGGACGUUCAACACCAAGAAGCAAAUGGAGGCCCACAUCUACAAGGAGCACGGAGCGGAGACGCCCCGGCCUCCGCCGCCCGCGGCGCCGUACUCGGUGCCGCUGGUCGUGAGCGGCGACGUCAUGUGCGACAUCGUCGAGGCGGCGCUGCAGCAGCUGCCGCCCACGCCGCCCAGCUCGCCGCCGUCGCCGCCCCGCGCCGCGCCCUGCCCCUCCGCCUGCCCCUCCACCUGCCCCCCGCCGGCGCCUCUCACGCUUCCUUCGCCGACACCGUCGCCGUCGCCACCUGCCAUAAACACCUCCAUGACUCUGAUGACCCUCGCGCCUUCCUCUCUUCCGCCCCGAAAACGCAAGCUCAUUCCUCAGAUAGAAUCCGUACCUGCAGAACCGAUAGUUCGGCACACAUCCGUUAUACAGUUCGCCCCUGCGGCCGCCGAUUCCUCGUAGCACGUAGUUCGUUUCUAAUCAAUGUAGUUCGAUAAGGCUUUAUUCUAAUCGAAGGCUGUAAGAUGACUGUAUGAGUCUUUAGCGAAAUAGUUUAGUGAAGCGUAGAAUGGUUAUGAAUAUUAUGUUAGCAUGUCAAGCUAGCCAGAUAGGUGAGGUUUUUUGUACUGCUGCAAUGAUUUAUUGUUUUAAUCUUGAAAAAAGACUAAUUAGAUGUUUAAUGUAUUUGUGCUGUCAAUAUUAAUAGAAAUAAGUUUUGUAUUUAUGUACUAUGUGUUACUAUUAUGUAAGUAAAAUAAUAUGUAAACCGUAAA